GAUACCACACUCGAACACUCUGAGAAGACAAGGAGUGAAGUCAGAGAAGUAAAGUUGUUUACAGGGACUAAACCUUAUCUCAUCAGGGCCAUACAAAACCCUUGAGGAGCUCAACCGGAGACAAUAAAGAGAACAUUUGGAGAAAAUUAAAAAGAAAUAUAAGUUUUAGUGUUGCGUUGUGUGUGUUUCGCUGCUGGUAUACAGUAUGAGCAGAGCAGUGAUUCUCUCUGUGCUUCUGCUGUCACUGAGCUUCUGCAGAUGUGCCGUCAUUACAGGGGCAUGUGACAGAGAUGUGCAGUGUGGUGUGGGACUUUGCUGUGCUGUAAGUCUCUGGCUCAGGGGACUGCGUAUGUGCACACCACAGGGACUGGAGGGUGAUGAAUGUCACCCAUACAGCCACAAGGUUCCUUUCCCUGGCAAAAGACAACACCACAUCUGCCCUUGUCUGCCACACCUGUUCUGCAGCAGGUACAAUGACAACAGAUAUCGCUGCACCAGCGACUUCAAAAAUAUAGACUUUUAACAAGAAACAGAGCACGAGACAAGAGAAGAGGAAACCGGAUAGCACAAGAUGAAUACAUAAUAAGUGCCACGCUUCUCAUCAUUAUCAUUUUUCACUGUCACAUACUUUGCACAAAUGCUGUUAUCCAAAUUCACAAUUAUGAUCAUUGAUUUAUCUUGACAUCCACCGUAGUUGCAUUUGAUAGCAAGAAAAUGCAGUAAGUUUCAUAAGCUGACCUUCACAUUGAGUGCACACAGUGCUCAAAUUGAAUUAAAUACUAUGGGGGUCCCCCCAUAUAGCUGCAAAUGCAAAAUGCAACACAGCACUACC